AUGUUCCACCGGCCGUCGGUGCCGCGGCCUGAGAACGCGCUCAAGCGCGCCCAGGAGCUCUUGGCAGUGGACCAGAAGGAGAGCGCGCUCAAGGUCCUCCACGAUGUUCUCACGAACCGGCGCCACAACCGCACGUGGCAGAAGGCCCUCGAGGACAUCAUGCGCAAGCACGUCGAGCUCUGCGUCGAGCUCAAGCGCGGGCGCCUGGCAAAGGAGGGGCUGAUGCAGUACAGGAACGUCUGCCAGCACGACAACGUGCGGUCCCUCGAGGAGAUCAUCAAGCACCUCCUCGACCUCGCCAGCGCCAAGGCCGCGGAAGCCCAGACCCAGGCCGAGAUCGCGCUCGCGGACAUCGAGGACCUCGAGCAGGACGCCACGCCGGAGGACCUCACGCUGUCGUACGUCACGGGCGACCAGUCCAAGGACCGCACCGACCGCGAGCUCGUCGCGCCGUGGUUCAAGUUCCUCUGGGAGACGUACCGCUCCAUCCUCGAGAUCCUGCGCAACAACGCCCGCCUCGAGUCGCUGUACGCCAUGACGUCGCACCGCGCGCUGGCCUUCUGCCUCAAGUACCAGCGCGCGACGGAGUUCCGGCGGCUGUGCGACAUCCUGCGCAACCACCUCAAGAACCUCCACGACCCCCAGCAGCGCCAGCGCGACCGCAUCGACCGGCCCGACCUGACGCAGGCCGAGUCGCUGCAGCGCUACCUCGACACGCGCUUCGAGCAGCUGCGCGUGGCCGCCGAGCUGUCGAUGUGGCAGGAGGCGUUCCGGUCGAUCGAGGACAUCUACUCGCUCAUCGAGACGGGCACGCGCGCCGGGCGGCAGCGCCCGCAGCCCCGCAUGAUGGGGGUGUACUACAUGCGCCUGACGCAGAUCUUCACCAUGUCGGACUCCCCCCUCUACCUCGCCUUCGCGUGGUACAAGCUCUUCUCGCUCCUCGUCUCCUCGAUCGAGUCCCUCCCCCAGGCCGACAAGACGGCGCUCGCGGCCGCCAUGGUGUGCUCCGCGCUCGCCGUGGCACCCUACGACAAGCGCCUGGAGACGUCCGGCCCGGACGUGACGCAGGACCGCGACCGCAUGCUCCGCAUGGCCAACCUCCUCGGCGUCGCCGUCGACAGCAAGGACGCCGUGCACCGCACCCUGAGCCGCGCCACGCUGGUCAACGCCAUCGCGGCGAAGAACCUCCUCUCGAUCGUCCCGAAGGAGAUCGCCGACAUCUUCGCGCUCCUCGAGGGCCCCUUCAUGCCGCUCGACAUCUGCAAGCGCCUGCAGCCGCUCAUCGAGCGCCUCCCCGCGCUCCAGUGGGACCUCAGCGACGCGUGCCCGAUGCCCAAGGUCGAGCUCGGGCCGUUCUGCCAGCCGCUCAAGGAGGCCGCGGUGCUGCGGAUGCUCUCGCAGCUCCAGCGCGUGUACAGCGUGGUGAAGAUCUCCACGCUCGACGCCAUGGUGCCCUUCAUGGAGUUCCGCGAGCUGGAGCGCGUGGUCGUCGACGCGUCGCGCGCGGGGCACCUCACGUGCCGCGUGGACCACCGCCGCGGCGUCGUGGAGUUCCGCUCCGCGAUCCGGCACAUCGACGACGUGAACGGCUUCGUGCAGACGCUGGCGCGCGGGCUGCAGACGGCCUCGAAGAUGAUCUGGCCGGAGCCGAAGCCCGAGCUCGAGGAGGCGCGCCGCCGCGCCGUGGCCGAGUACCGCGAGCGCGCGGAGAUGACGAACAACCUCAUGAACGCGCGGAAGAUGCUCGUGGAGAAGCGCAAGGAGGAGACGGAGCGGAUGGCGGCGGAGCAGGAGCGCGAGGCCGAGGCGCGGCGGCUGGAGCAGGAGGCGGCCGAGCGCGAGGCCGAGGCGAAGCGCCUGGCGCAGGAGCGCGCGCGGCGCGAGCAGGAGAAGAUUCUCGCGGAGCUCGAGGCCAAGGAGCAGGAGGAGGCGCGGCAGCUGGCGGCGGAGCGCGGCAUCAAGGUGCGCGGCGGGGAGCGGCUCGACAAGGACGAGAUCGUGCGCGAGGUCAUGCGGGAGAAGCAGGAGAAGCUGCAGGACUUCAUGAAGAAGAUUGCGCGCAUGGAGACUACCAUCGACCACCUCGAGCGCGCGCGCCGGGACUUCGAGCGCGAGAAGAUCGUCGCGCACUACCGCGAGCGGCACUCGCGGAACGCCGAGGCCUUCAAGGCCGAGCAGGAGGCCUUCCUCGCGAACCACCGCAAGGCGUGGGAGAUCGACCUCCAGCACAAGCGCCGCCUGGCGCGCAUCGAGGGCGACGCGGAGCAGCUCAAGGCCGACAUCAUGCAGCGGCGCGAGGCGGAGUUCGAGGCGCUGCGGAGGAAGCGCCAGGCCGUGCUGCAGGAGCGCCGCGCGGCCCGCAAGGAGGAGAUCGUCAUGCAGCGCAAGCUGCGGUACCUGGAGCAGCUGCGCAGGGAGGCGCGGGAGGAGAUGGCCGCGAAGCAGCGCGCGGAGGAGGAGCGCCGCAGGAAGGAGGAGGAGGAGCGGGCCAGCGCUGCGGCGGCGGCGGCGCCGCCGGCGGGCGCGGGCGGGUACCGUCCGCCUGGCGCGCGGGGUGCGGCGCCGGGGAGCGCUGGCGGCGGCGGGUACGUGCCGCCGUCGAAGCGCGGGGCGGUGGGCAUGGGCGGGCCGCCUGGGCGGCGCCGGCGGCUUGCGGCCGCGGACGCGGCGGACCGGUGGGGCCCGCCGGGCGGGCGCGGGACGGGCCGCCGGCACCCGCGGGCGGCGGCGGGUACGUGCCGCCGUCGCGCAGGAUGGGCGGGCGCCGCCGCCGGGCCGGGCGGGCGGGCGCGGGCCGGGUGCGCCGCCGGGGCCCGCGGCGGACGGGCCGCCGCCGCCGCGCCCGGGCGGGGGGAAGUUUGUGCCCCCUCACCUGCGGCGCGCCCAGGGCGGGGGCGGCGGCGGCGGCGGGGGCGGGUGGUAGGGAGGCACGGUGCGCUCGUGCCUGCUGGCGGUUGA